AUGGGCAUCCUGACCAGACUCCAGAUUAUAUCAGCAUUUGAUAGCCUGUAUAUGCGCCUCCUCGGAAUCUGCUUCGCGUCAUUCUCAGCAGGUCUUGGCGAACUUACAUUUCUCCAGCUUUCAACCAGAUACAAUCCCCCGUCGGUUGCUGGCCACAGUGUCGGAUACUUUGCAUCAGGUACAGGUGCUGCAGGACUGGUUGGUGCGUUCUUAUGGUGGGAGCUCAGAAGUUUAGGUGUUCGCGUUGGUGUUGGACUUUCAUCAAUACUACCCCUUAUAAUUCCAGCAACCUAUUUCCUACUUCUGCCUCGCUUCUCUUCAUUUUCACCCUCGAAUCUUCCCUCUUCUUUCGCAUCUGCUACUGAAAGCGCAGUGGAAUACGCACCACUACCAACGGGCGAUGCUGACGAAAGUGCUCAGGGGCCAGGGUUAUCGACGCCGGAAAUCGAUGAGAUUAUCAAGCAUCCUGUCGCACUAUCUGCUCAUGAUAAGUGGCAACUCGUAAAGCCUUUAGUACCGGAGUAUAUGCUGCCGCUGUUCUGUGUCUAUCUGUUUGAGUACACAAUCAACCAGGGCAUUGCUCCGACCCUGGUCUAUCCGGUACCCUCUCCAGACGAGUACUGGCUCAUGAGCAAGAUCAUUUAUUCCAUAAGAGAUUACUAUCCAUUGUGGCAGCUGGUUUAUCAAACAAUGGUGUUUGCUUCCCGUUCAAGCAUAUCAGCCGGGAUCCCUCCUUUACCCACAAGGUAUCUCUCUCUACCAGCCAUCAUCCAGUUUUGUAUCUUGGGUCUGCUCGCCUUUGAGUCUGCUGUUGGCGUGUUCGAUGAACGGUUGGAAGGGCGUAGCUUCACAUUCGUGUUCCUGCUUAUCAGCAUCGAAGGAAUUUGUGGCGGACUGGCUUAUGUCAAUGUGUACCAUCAUGUCAACCAGGAACAAGCAUCGCCAGAUGCAGACCCGGAACGUGCCAAGCAAGAGCGAGAGUUCAAAAUUGGAUCUAUUGGAAUAGCUGAUUCGACUGGGAUCCUCCUGGCCUCACUGCUAUCUGUCCCCACAGAGAUUGAGCUCUGCAGGGCACAGGUUACGCGCGGUAAGCUUUUGUGUAAGAGUCUCUGA